AUGGCCACUGUUGAGGUUGCACCAGCAGCAACGUUGCAAGAAAAUGAGGCAAAGACAGUUGAGGUGAUCAAGACUGAGGAGAAAACUCCGGAAGAGCCUGUGGCUGCAGCACCAGCUGCUGUCCCCGAGUCUGAGGCUGCAACCACCGAAGAGCCAAAGGAAACCACACCAGUAGAAGCAGAAGCAGAAGCAGAGGCAGAGGCACCUGCUGCUCCUGAAGCUGAAGCUCCAGUUCCAGCUGAAGUUGAGACCAAGGAGGUGGCAGAGGAACCCAAGGCUGCUGAGGCUGAGGCAGAGGAGCCAGCAGCAACAGAAACAGAGAAAACAGAGAAAACAGAGGCAGAAGAGCCCAAAGAGGUCACAGCAGCGGAGCCUGUUGCUGCUGUUGCAGAGGAGACCAAAGAAGAGACCACCGAAAGUGCUGAGACACCAGCAGCUCCUCCUGCAGAGGAAGAGAAAGCAGAGGAAGCUACCACAGAUGUUCCGGUCGAGAAGACAGAGGAGUAG